CAUAGUUAAACAUAAUUUCAAAGGAACGCAUGAACAAACUUAAAGUUUUAGAUCGUACUGCUGACAUUAUUUAAACAAUAUUUAAACAAAAAAUUAUUUAAAGAUACUCAUUGAAAUAUAUACAACAAAGAGAUUUACUUGAAUAAAGAAAAAUAGGAAAUACUAUGGAGGUUGAUGAAAAUAACGCAGCGGCUUCAACGGAUACACCGAUGGAGGUUGACGAGGAUACUUCUGGUAAAAAUAAUACCACAUCAACAAAUCCUCCUAGUGCUAUCAAAGUAAUGGCAUCUUCGGGUACUGUUGGCUCUGUGUCUAUUAGCCUUCAUCCCCUUGUUAUAAUGAACGUCAGUGAACAUUGGACUAGGCUUCGUGCCCAAGAAGGGAUAGACCAACUAGUAUAUGGAGCACUAAUUGGCAAACAGAAAGGACGUAAUAUAGAAAUUAUGAAUUCCUUUGAAUUAUUGUUUACGUGUAUUAAAGAUGAUGUUAUAAUUGAUAGAGAUUAUUAUAAUACCAAAGAAGAGCAAUUCAAGCAAGUUUUUAGUGAAAUGGACUUUCUAGGAUGGUAUACUACAGGUGAUAUGCCUAAUGAAAGAGAUAUUACAGUACAUAAACAACUUUGUGAAAUUAAUGAAAGCCCUGUACUAUUAAAACUUGAUCCAAGGCCAAAAAAUACUGAUCAACUCUCCGUUUCAAUGUAUGAAUCAGUAAUUGAUUUGGUAAAUGGAGAAGCUACAAUGUUGUUUGUUCCAUUGACAUAUACAUUAGCAACAGAGGAAGCAGAAAGGAUUGGUGUAGACCAUGUAGCAAGAAUGUGUAGUAAUGAUCAAGGAGAGAGUUCAUUAGUUGCAGAACAUCUUACUGCACAGCAUAGUGCUAUAAAAAUGUUACAUUCAAGAGUAAAAUUAGUUUUAAAAUAUGUACAAGCUGUACAAAAUGGAGAAUUAAAAGGAAACCAUGAAGUUUUAAGAGCAGCCUGCUCUUUGGGACACAGAUUACCAGUUUUAAAUAAUCCCAAAUUCAAAGCUGACUUUUAUAAUCAAUGUAAUGACUAUGGUUUGAUGACUUAUCUUGGUAUUAUAACAAAAGGUUGCAAUAAUAUCAAUCAGUUUGUUAAUAAAUUCAAUAUUUUGUAUGAUAAACAAGGUGUGGGUCGCCGUUUGCGAAGCCUCUUUUUGUGAUAAGUGAAUAGAAUUCAU